CCUUGUUGAUUCGCCUGUCCUCUACUUUUAGAAGCAUAUUUAUUUAUUUAUUUUUCAUUUGGAUAUCUCAUUUCCUUGAAUUUUGUUCAUCAAUGGCGAAUUCCCAGCUGCAGAAAUACGGGACAUUAUCAAGGGAGCAAUUGUCAUAUCUAUUUGAUCGAUUCUCUCUUCUUAUUGCCCAGCCAGAUUUUAAGAAGAGGAUUCUAGACGCUGUGAAUGACAAGCAGGAACCGGUUGCUGUUACCACGGCAGUUCAGGAAGAGAUAUUUUUGGAGAUGGGUGUUGAUCCAAGUUUCGGUCUUGCAUGCCUGGGGAAAGUAAAUAUGACUUACGAGAAUGAUCAAGAUUUGAUGAUUCGUUAUUAUAGAUUUGUUGCCAAUGAGGAGUUAGCCUGUGAUGAAGCUGAGCUUGGACCUGAGGGAUUUGCUGAAAAGCUUUAUAGUCAACAAAAACUUCAUGAGCAGCAACUGGGGAUGCUAAAUUACAUGCGCAAAUUUCACUUCGAUGACCAAUCUGCAAUUCUUGAGAAGUUACACCAUCAGAUGGAAGAUGCUAAUUUUGAGAGUGAGGCAUCAAUUUUGUCUGCUGAGCAGAUACAAGAGAUUGUUCGAAGGAGGGUGUCUCCUUUAUUUAGGCCAAGUUGAUGUGUUAGUCAAUUGAGUUUGACAGAAUGAUGAACUAAGAGCCAAAAGUUGCAAGUCUUCCUACUACCAUGAUAUAUGAAUCUUCAACUACACAGUGCACUGCCAUUGCUGGAAAGUUCUGUUUAACAUAAUAUACGUGAGUCUAGCUGUUGUUGUUCCAAGAAAAAUCGUACAGAGAUGCCAAAUGACCAAAUUUAUCCCUCUAUUUUAUAAAAAUUGAGAAGUUGACAUUUUUAUUUUUGUUUUUGUAAAAUUGAAUGCUCUGAUUAUACAAUUUAUCCCUCUACUUAGGUCCACAA